AUGGCGGCAGGGAAAGAUUCUAGCUGGGACGAUAUCAAGAACGAAGGCAUCGAUCUCGAGAAAAUACCAAUAGAGGAGGUGUUUACGCAGCUGAGAUGUACAAGGGAAGGACUUACAAGCGACGAAGGCCAUACUCGUCUCGAGAUCUUCGGUCCUAACAAGCUCGAAGAGAAAAAGGAGAGCAAGGUUUUGAAGUUCUUAGGGUUUAUGUGGAACCCUCUCUCAUGGGUCAUGGAGUUAGCUGCUAUCAUGGCUAUCGCUUUGGCCAACGGAGGAGGAAGGCCACCGGAUUGGCAAGAUUUCGUGGGUAUCACGGUUCUUCUUAUCAUUAACUCUACCAUUAGCUUCAUCGAAGAAAACAACGCCGGAAACGCAGCCGCCGCUUUGAUGGCCGGUCUAGCUCCCAAAACCAAACUUCUGAGAGAUGGCAAGUGGAGCGAGCAAGAGGCAGCUAUAUUGGUUCCUGGAGACAUCAUCAGCAUCAAACUAGGCGACAUUGUUCCAGCAGAUGGUCGUCUCCUGGAAGGUGAUCCUCUCAAGAUUGAUCAAUCUGCUCUCACUGGUGAAUCUUUACCAGUAACCAAGAACCCUGGCCAAGAAGUUUACUCUGGCUCCACCUGCAAACAAGGAGAGUUAGAAGCCAUUGUGAUCGCCACUGGGGUUCACACUUUCUUCGGCAAAGCAGCUCAUCUAGUAGACAGCACAAACCAAGAAGGCCACUUCCAGAAAGUGCUGACUGCUAUUGGUAACUUCUGCAUCUGCUCCAUCGCCAUAGGUAUGAUCAUUGAGAUCGUUGUCAUGUACCCUAUCCAGCACCGUUCUUAUAGAGACGGUAUCGACAACCUUCUGGUGCUUCUCAUCGGAGGUAUCCCUAUUGCAAUGCCGACGGUUCUGUCUGUCACCAUGGCCAUUGGAUCUCACCGUCUCUCCCAACAAGGAGCUAUCACAAAGAGAAUGACAGCUAUUGAAGAGAUGGCUGGUAUGGAUGUUUUGUGCAGUGACAAGACUGGAACUCUUACACUCAACAAGCUUACUGUUGACAAGAGUAUGGUUGAGGUUUUUGUCAAAGACUUGGACAAGGAACAGCUUAUGGUGAAUGCAGCAAGAGCUUCUAGAGUUGAGAACCAGGAUGCUAUUGAUGCUUGCAUUGUGGGAAUGCUUGGAGAUCCAAGAGAAGCAAGAGAGGGCAUCACUGAAGUCCAUUUCUUUCCUUUUAACCCUGUGGACAAGCGUACUGCUAUCACUUAUAUUGAUGCUAGAGGAAACUGGCACCGUGUCAGCAAAGGAGCACCAGAGCAAAUCAUUGAGCUCUGUAACCUUAGAGAGGAUGCAAAGAAGAGAGCUCAUGACAUCAUUGACAAGUUUGCUGACAGAGGACUUCGUUCUCUUGCUGUUGGUAGACAGACUGUCUCUGAGAAAGACAAGAACAGCCCUGGAGAGCCAUGGGAGUUUCUUGGUCUGUUACCUCUGUUUGACCCUCCAAGACAUGACAGUGCAGAGACGAUCAGGCGUGCACUUGACCUUGGUGUCAAUGUAAAGAUGAUCACUGGUGACCAGCUCGCCAUUGGUAAGGAAACUGGUCGUAGGCUCGGUAUGGGCACAAACAUGUAUCCUUCUUCUGCUCUACUUGGACAGGACAAGGAUGAAUCUAUAUCUAGUGUUCCUGUUGAUGAACUCAUCGAGAUGGCUGAUGGAUUCGCCGGUGUCUUCCCUGGUAAAACAAAAAAAAAAAACUAUUUAAAAAUUGUCCUCUUAAUGGCUUCAUGUAUUUAUUCAUCAAUAAAAAUCUGUUUUAUCUGUCUUGAUUUAGAACACAAGUAUGAGAUUGUGAAGAGGCUCCAGGAGAUGAAGCACAUAUGUGGCAUGACUGGUGAUGGAGUGAACGAUGCUCCAGCUCUCAAGAGAGCUGACAUUGGAAUAGCUGUUGCUGAUGCGACUGAUGCAGCGAGAAGUGCAUCUGACAUUGUACUAACCGAGCCAGGUCUAAGUGUCAUAGUUAGUGCUGUACUAACGAGCAGAGCCAUCUUCCAGAGAAUGAAGAACUACACAAUCUAUGCAGUUUCCAUCACAAUCCGUGUAGUCAUGGGCUUUAUGCUUCUUGCACUCAUAUGGAAGUAUGACUUCUCACCGUUCAUGGUGUUGGUAAUAGCGAUCCUGAAUGAUGGUACUAUCAUGACCAUAUCGAAGGACAGAGUAAAGCCUUCUCCACUUCCUGAUUCAUGGAAACUCAAAGAGAUAUUUGCCACUGGUGUUGUUCUUGGCACAUACCUUGCAGUGAUGACUGUCGUUUUCUUCUGGGCUGUAGAGAGCACUGACUUCUUCUCGGCAAAGUUUGGGGUGAGAUCUAUUAGUGGCAAUCCACACGAGCUCACGUCAGCUAUAUACCUCCAAGUUAGUAUUAUUAGCCAGGCGCUUAUAUUUGUCACAAGGUCACGUAGCUGGUCAUAUGCUGAACGUCCUGGCUUCUGGUUAAUCUUUGCCUUUUUCUUAGCUCAGCUGGUUGCUACUCUCAUUGCCGUGUAUGCAAACUGGGGUUUUGCAAGAAUCAGAGGUACUGGGUGGGGAUGGGCAGGAGUUAUCUGGUUAUACAGUUUAGUUACUUACAUCCCUUUGGAUAUCCUCAAGUUCAUCAUCAGAUAUGCACUAAGUGGUAGAGCUUGGGAUAAUGUCAUUGAGAACAAGACCGCUUUCACGUCAAAGAAAGACUAUGGAAAGGGAGAGAGGGAAGCACAAUGGGCGCAAGCUCAACGUACCCUUCACGGAUUGCAACCUGCUCAGCCCUCAGAGAUGUUCAAUGAUAAGAGCACUUACAGAGAACUUUCAGAGAUAGCAGAUCAGGCCAAGAGACGAGCUGAAGUCGCAAGGUUAAGAGAACGUCAUACCUUGAAAGGUCACGUGGAAUCAGUGGUGAAGCAGAAAGGACUUGACAUAGAGGCUAUCCAGCAACACUACACCCUGUGAUUUCAGAAACAAGGGUUUCUCAGUUUAGUUUAGAAACAAAACCACAAGAGUAUUGAAUAAUAAAUCACCACCUUCAUCAUUAGAAAAAAUACUGCAAAAAGAAAAAGAAAAGAAAUGUUUCUUUUAUGAGCAGUGGCUGUUGGCUGCUUUAUUUGAUUUGAAAUAUUCUUGUUUUAAUUGCAUUUACAGAACUAAUAAGAUUUUACAAUUACUUUAGAAUUUUUAUUUCA